AUGGGGCCCUACCAGGUGUAUCUGUGCGUCCUGCUGGCCGUGCUCCUCCAGCUCUAUGUGGCCACCGAAGCCAUCCUCAUCGCAUUGGUGGGCGCAACUCCUCCCUACCACUGGGAUCUCCAAGAGCUCUCGGCUAAUCAGAGCCAUAGCAACCAGUCGGUGAGUGAGCAGAGAGCUUUUGGGGAAUGGCUUCUGACCGCCAAUGGCAGUGAGGUGCAUAAACACAUACACUUCAGCAGCAGCUUCACAUCAAUAGUCUCUGAGAUAGAGAACAGUGGUUUUUUAAUUGGCAACACAUCGUACAAAGUCAGUGCUGCCAGUUCUUUCUACUUCAGUGGUGUGUUUGUUGGAGCAAUCUCCUUUGGCCAGCUCUCAGAUCGCUUUGGGAGGAAGAAAGUCUAUCUCACAGGUUUUGCCCUGGACAUCUUGUUUGCCAUUGCAAAUGGAUUCUCACCCUCAUAUGAAUUCUUUGCCAUCUCUCGCUUCUUGGUAGGGAUGAUGAAUGGUGGAAUGUCACUGGUGGCCUUUGUUCUACUGAAUGAGUGUGUGGGUACUGCCUACUGGGCAUUAGCAGGAUCUAUUGGUGGCUUGUUCUUUGCUGUGGGAAUUGCCCAGUAUGCUUUAUUAGGCUACUUCAUUCGUUCCUGGAGGACUCUGGCUGUUGUGGUUAACCUGGAAGGAACAGUCGUCUUUCUUCUCUCUCUAUUCAUUCCAGAGUCCCCUCGCUGGCUCUAUUCACAAGGCCGGCUGAGUGAAGCAGAAGAUGCCCUCUACCUCAUUGCGAAGAGGAACCGCAAGCAGAAGUGCACUUUUUCAUUAAAACUCCCGGCAGAGAGGAGCUCCAGAGAGGCUGGCAGCUUCUUGGAUCUGUUCCGAUAUAAGAUUCUCUUGGGACGCACCUUGAUCAUGAUGUUUACCUGGUUUGUGUGCAGCUUGGUUUACUAUGGUCUUACCCUUAACGUGGGUGACUUAGGUGGAAGUAUUUAUGCCAAUUUAGCCCUUUCAGGGUUGAUAGAAAUCCCAGCGUACCCAAUCUGUAUUUACUUGAUUAACCAAAAAUGGUUUGGUCGGAAGCGAACACUGAGUGCAUUUCUGUUCCUGGGAGGAUUGGCUUGUCUUAUUGUCAUGUUUCUUCCUAAAAAGAAAGAUACUGGAGUGUUUGCAGUGGUGAAUAGUCGCUCUCUGUCUUUGCUGGGGAAACUGACAAUCAGUGCUGCAUUUAACAUUGUCUACAUCUAUACAUCAGAACUUUAUCCCACAGUGAUCAGGAAUGUUGGAAUGGGUGCCUGCUCCAUGUUUUCCCGUGUUGGUGGAAUCAUUGCUCCUUUCGUCCCUUCACUGAAAUCUGUACAGUGGUCUCUGCCUUACAUUGUGUUUGGAGCAACUGGCCUUUUGUCUGGGCUCUUAAGUUUGUUGUUGCCAGAGACCUUAAACAGCCCUUUGCUAGAAACUAUUUCAGACCUGCAGGUAUGCUCGUACUGGAGGCUGGGUGAUGAAGCCAUGUCAUUGCAAGCCCUAGAUGGCUCACAGUCUGGAGACAAAGACAGUUCUGCAGGGAGUGGAAGUGAAGAUGAGGAGUUUUAUGAUGCUGAUGAAGAGACUCAUAUGAUCAAGUAA